CCGACAUUUUGGAGCGAAAGUAAGUGCAACAAAAUUGUGAAAAGAUCUUGUCUUAACUACCAAACUACUUUCUUAUAACAAUAAGAGAGGUUAACCAUGUAUAAUCAAGGCCCGUCAAGAGGUGGGAAUUUUCAGCCGUACUCCCAUGUUGUCCCAACCCAGUUUUUAUUUCAAAAUCAGCAACCACAGAUGGGCGUAGGGAUGCCUUACUCUGGACAGCUUCCCUACCAACAGCCAUUAAACCAAGGUUAUUCAGCAGGUAUAGUACAGUGGAACAAUGCACCCAGUAUGAAUUUCCAUGGCAUGGGGUCAGGUUAUGGCAGCAGUUCCAGUGCCGGGCCCAGCCGAACAAGAUCGUCCCCACGGGUAUAUCCAGUCCCAAGCUCCACUAGGCCCAGAGACCAGUAUUCUGGCAUGCCAGGAACCAGUCGAAGUCACAAUGCCACUAAACACAUCAGAAACACCACCAGGCUCCGACCCAACCCUCUAGUCAGCACACCGCUCAAGCGAGGGCAUGUUGGUGGUGAGAAGGAGAGGAAGGAUGAGCCAGACAUGAAGAAGAAACGGGUAGUAGACAAACUGCGGGCCACGCUGCCUCCAGCCUCAAAAAACGACACUAAUGCUAAUAUUACUGCUGAAAUAUGGAAGUACUUUGAGCGCAACAAGCAGUCUGACUCAAUGUAUGAGAGGAAAGUAGAUCUGAGGAAUGCUUUGUAUGCAGUUUUCAAGGAGGUCUUCCCAUACAGUGGUCUGUACAUGGUGGGAUCAUCUAUGAGUGGGUUUGCGACGCAGACCAGUGACAUGGACCUCUGUCUCAUGGUCACUGCACAACAGAUUGAAGGGAAGAAGGAAGCAGUUGAAAUCCUGAUUGCAAUACAGAAUGCUUUACGGAGAUCAAAAUUUGUUCAACAAUCUCAGGUGAUAAGAGCAAAGGUCCCAAUUCUCAAAUUCAAGGACAGUUUGCGGAGUAUUGAGUGUGAUCUGAACAUCAACAACCCAGUGGGCAUCAGAAACACACACCUACUCAGAUACUACGCUUCCAUGGACUGGCGUGUGCGUCCCUUGGUGCUUUUUGUGAAGAAGUGGGCCCGUUUCCAUGACAUCAAUGAUGCAUCCAAGCAGACGGUUUCCAGCUACUCCCUCUGCCUCAUGGUGUUACAUUACUUGCAAGCUGGUUGUAAGCCACCUGUGUUGGACUCCGUGCAGAAGCUUUAUCCUGACCUGUUUAACUUUGGUGAUGACGUUCGGAACCUGCAGAUGAAUGUUAAAAUUGAGUUUAAGAGUGAGAACACAGACAGUCUCGGGGAUCUCUUCCUUGGAUUCCUCAAGUACUACACACACGAGUUUGAUUUUGAGUCAGAUGUGGCCAGUGUACGACAGGGAAUCAGACUGCCUGUCCACCUGGUGAAGACCUGGACACGCCCUGCAGAGCUCACCAUGUGGAAAUGCCUCAAAGUAGAAGAGCCCUUUGACAAGAGCAACACAGCCAGAUCUUGCUAUGAUGAGGCAACAUUUGCACGUGUACAAAGAGUAAUUGCCCGCAGCUACAGAACAUUGUGUGUGAAACGAGACGUGAAUGCAUUGUUAAGUUCUCCGUUCUAGUGCUGUGUUGGUUCAGGCAACUUGUCGAGCGUGUUCUUGAUCUCAGGGUGCUAUCUCCUUUUGUUACAUUACCAUGCUGGAUUGUGUGACUGUUAUUUAUGAUAUCAUUAUUUGGUAAUAUUGUACUUGUUUGAUACCAUUUAUGUUUUUGCUACAUUUUUCAUUCAUACUUUAUUUUGUUGCACCGUUCAUGUUUUUUGAAUGCAAUAUUUGUAUUUGGUGAUUUUGAGUUCUGUAUACUUAUGUUGCUUAUAUUGAUAAUUAUUUAAAUUCUGACAGACAGUGAAACUGCCCAUCUGUGAUAUUUAGCCUGCCAAUGAUGUUGUUCAGAAGUAUUCAGUAAUUACCAGUGUAUAUUGCAAAUUAAAAUGAUGCAAAUGUU